CCUCAAGUACUGACAACUUUUGUCACAGUGUUGGCAAUGCUGUCAAGCGGGUAGCAAGAACGAACCAUCACUCGAUAAUAAUAAAUAAGCGGUUCGUGUGUGCGCGCUUCUAAGAUCUAUCUCUAUAUACAUAUAUAUAUUUAUAUAUAUAUAUAUAUAGUUUAUUAUUGUUCAUAUAAUUCCUAUUUUUUUUUCUAAUACGGUUAAGCUUAACGCAACUGUUCGGUUAACUCUGAUAUUUUAAGUGUUCUGCACGCAGCCUAGUUUCCUGUGCGUCCGGCGGCGGCGGCGACCACUGUGCUUGUCAUUUUCGGCGGUUAGUUCUCAGCGUGCGUUGGUGUGUGUGUGUGUGUGUGUGUACAGAAGUGCUUGUGUGCUUGCCACUCGCAACGCGUGGUGGAUUUUAUUUAAUAUAUAUUUUUUUUUGCUCCAUAAAUUAAUGUGAAUGCAAUAUCCGCACAUGAACACACACAAAUAUAGCUAUGUAUACGUAACAUAUAUGUACAUAUAACUGACAACGACGACGGCAUACCAAAAAAGUAUGAAAAAACACUAGGCAAAAAAAAAAAUAAAAAAUAAAGAAAGAAAGAACAAAAGCAACAAAUCAAUCAGAAGUCAGGCCAAACAAUAUAAAAGAAUUUGAACAGAAAAGCCAACAAAUAAACAGCUCAACAGAGCAAGCCGCAACAUCUCAAAUCAAAUAGAAAUUCCUGUUAAUUCAACGCCGCCCUGUGGGUAACAAAUAAAUAAAGAGGAACAGGAGGCAGCAGAGAGACAGAAACAGAGAAAUCUAAGCUGGCCAGCAUGGACAUAAUCAAUAAAGUCACGGAUGCAUUUUGGAGUACGCACAUUUGGCUGCCGCCAAAUACAACAUGGGCGGACAUAGCGCCCGGCUCCCGUCCAGAUGUUGUGCACGCCAACUAUCGGGAUCUGAUUUGGCCAAUUCCAUUGGCCGCUGUCGUUAUGCUGGUGCGUUACACAUUGGAGCGCUUUUGGAUAUCUCCGAUUGGCAAAUCGUUGGGGAUACGAAGCUCUAGACCUAAGAAAGCGGCAAAUGUUCCUACAUUAGAGUUGGCAUAUGCCAAAUCAUCGCAUUUGGACCACAAGUGGCUGGCACCGCUGUCCAAGCAGGCGGACAUGUCUGAGCGCCAAAUCGAGCGCUGGUGGCGCCUGCGUCGCGCCCAGGACAAACCGUCGACAUUGGUGAAGUUCUGCGAGAACACAUGGCGGUGCCUGUAUUAUCUGUAUAGCUUUAUAUUCGGCGUAAUAGUGCUGUGGGACAAGCCCUGGUUCUGGGAUGUCAAGACCUGCUGGUAUGGCUAUCCGCAUCAGUCGGUGAGCAACGAUAUCUGGUGGUAUUAUAUGAUAUCGAUGUCGUUCUACUGGUCGCUGACGGCCACACAGUUCUUCGAUGUGAAACGCAAGGAUUUCUGGCAAAUGUUUAUACAUCAUAUGGUCACACUGUUGCUAAUGUCGCUUAGCUGGGUGUGCAACCUGCAUCGCGUUGGCUCCCUGGUGCUGGUCGUGCACGAUUGUGCAGAUAUAUUCCUUGAGGCUGCCAAGUUAACCAAGUAUGCCAACUAUCAGAAGGUCUGCGAUGCGAUCUUUGCCAUUUUCACGGUUGUCUGGAUUGUUACACGUCUGGGCUUCUAUCCGCGCAUUAUCUACAGUUCAUCUGUGGAGGCACCUCGCAUUCUGCCCAUGUUCCCAGCCUAUUAUAUAUUCAAUUCGCUGCUGUUAAUGCUGCUGGUGCUGCACGUCAUCUGGACCUAUAUGAUUCUGAAGAUUGUGGUCGACUCCUUGCAAAAGGGUCUGAUGUCCGGCGACAUACGUUCCAGUGAUAGUGAGGAUCUCACAGAUAGUUCAGGGAAUGUGCGCGUGGCCAACGGCUCGAUGCGCACCAAGACCAAAUCUGGCAACCCUGCGACGCCAGCAGCACCAGUCACGGCAGCGGGCGGAGUGAACCAGCGCAAGAGGGGCAACAACAGCAGUGCCAAUAAUCACACGACCGAUGCAGCAACGACAACAGCAGCAGCUAACUAAACUGUUGCGCAGCUGUUGUUGGCUGGAAGUCGUCGGCGGGUAUGGGAAUUGGAUUGGAAGGCAAUGCCGAAGAACUAACAUGCCGCCGACAACUGUAAAAUGAGGAUUCAAGAAAAACAAUACAAACAAAAA